CGCGUAGUUGCUCACGCGAGCCCUAGACGCCGCCGCCCUUCUCCUUCCAGGUCUCGCCGCCGCCGACGCCGACGCCCAGGAGCUCGCCGUCCUCCGCUAGUCCCACCGCCUCUCCUCUCGCUCUGCCUCCCCCAUCAGGCCAGUAGCGCCCCCAUCCCUCUCUCGACCUGCUCCUCUCCUCUCGCCAUCUCGCCAAAUCCAACACAGGUCCACGGCAACGCCGCGCAUCUCGGCAGCGCACACAUCGGCGGCGCAUCUCGGCAGCGGCAAGCCGGCGACGAGCUGCAGCGCUUCAAAGCUUGAUUACCCAAAUACUACAACACUGUGCUGAUUUCAGUAAUUGGAUCCCUCAAAUUGUGAAAUGCUUGCCAAAGGGAGGAAAGUUGCUGGAAGGGGCGGAGACAUGUCUGCACACUAUGCAUUUGGGCCGCAGGAAGAUGAUGCGAUUAUUAAACAUAGGCUUCUGACCAGGACAACAACUACCAGGGGUGAACCACCACUUAAGAAGCUUCAGAAGAAGUUCAUGUCCUUUGCCACUGAGGUUGAGAAGGAUGCAGACAACAUAAGUGACUGUGAGAGGCUGUACAAGGCCUUUUUACAGGAAAUUAAUACUUUUGAGCUGCCUCUUCUUAAAAGCAAGGCUGUCGUUGAUGCAAACCUUAGGGAGAAGGAGAGCUUCAACGAGCUGCAGGAUGAGAUUCAGCGACAAAUCUUGCAAGCUCAGACUGAUAUUGAGGAUCUCAAGAAGCAACUGGAACAGAGCAAAAUUGAGAGGCAGCACAAAGAGGAGUGCGAAGCAAUCAGAAAAAUGAUUUCUUUGCAGCCUCCACGAUCAGAAACAGAAAAGCUCAUUGCGGAUCUUGAGAAGGAGAUUGCUAAUUUGGAGGCUGAGAAUACUGCAUGUAUAAGGACCCUGGAACUAAGGAAGAAGCAGUUUGCUCUUCUUCUUCAUGUGGUCGAGGAACUGCAGAUCUCGAUCGAUGAUGAGCAGAGGAGCAUAGCAGAUGAGCUGAGAGCUGCCACUGAAGAGCAGAAGAUGAGCAUAGAGGAAGUUAGCGGCGGUGCUUCAGAUGCCAUGGCUGUAGAUUGAUCGACGAUCCUAGCAGAAAAGCGAGUUGCAUUCCUGUUUCCACAAAGGCAGCUCUACAUUAUCUUGGGGACUAUAUAGCACUGAAUCGCCUAGAUGACUUUGUACCCUGACUCAUGAUUAUCAUCACUCUUGUAAUUUCAUCAGUAGUAAGUUGUAAUCGUGCCCUUUCUUGUCUGAGGUAACAGAACAUCAUGGUGUUGACAUAUGCGCCUCCAGAUUCCAAUAUGUAUGAUUGUUAUUAUUUACUGAACAAUCGGCAAUGAUCUUCUUUGAUGCAA